AUGACCCAUGGCACCCGUGGCCGUCCGAUGGCCCGCCUGGCAGUCCUGGUUGCUGCCGUAGCUGGUGGCCCCGCUGCCCUCCUGCCCCGACGACCGCUGCUGGUGACACUCGUGAACGCCGACGUGACGCCACCGGCGGCACCGGCGGAAUCGGAACUGCAAGAGGUGCUGAUCACAGCAGGCCAGGCUUUGGCGCAGACCACUUUGGAGGACUACCGCGCCAUGGUGGACGACGAGCAACGCACCGCAGCCUAUGCCGCGGCCAUCCAACGCCGCGCCAAAGGCGCCACGGUGGCGGACGUGGGCACCGGGCCCUUCGCGUUGCUGGCGGUACUGGCGGUGAAGUUUGGAGCGCGGAAGGUCUACGCCAUCGAACGGACGCCUGAGGUGGCGGCUGAGGCACGGAAAUUUGUAAAGGAUGCGGCUUUGGAAGAGAUGAUUUCAGUCAUUGAAGGCGACUCCAGAGAGGUGAAUCUGCCUGAAAAGGUGGAUCUGAUUGUAUCUGAAGUGGUGGGAAACGUGGCCACAGGGGAAGGUGUGGUGAACACCAUUCGAGAUGCGCGGCGUCGUUUCUUGCGUUCUGAUCUGCUGAAGGAUCCUGAAGCCAUGAUCCCAAGGCGAUGUCAAACAGCCAUUGCACCAGUGAUGUAUGUGAACCACGAACUCUUGGCCGCCAAGGGUCCGGAGUUUGUGGAGCGACCUUUCAAACUUUUUUCUGAAACGAAAGAUUUGCAGUUUCUGGCUGCACCUCAGCUACUGGAAGAUUUCGAUUUAUGUUCCCCUGGUGGACCUGGUGUAGAUGAUUUAGUGGAAAAGGAGACCUUGGACUUUGAGAUCGAUCAAAGUGAUCAGCCUGGUGAUCAAAGUGUGAAACAAAAGCCUCUGUUCUCGGGUUUUGCCUUGUGGCCUCGGCUGGUGGUGGAUCAUGUGAAUCAUGUGGAUCAGCUGGUGGACAUUCAAAAUGUGGCCAGCCACUGGUCCUACGUGGUCGCCUUAAUGUCCAAGCAACGAAUUCCGCUGUCGAACGGAUGUCGAAUUGCGCUGCAGUGCCAGGUGGAUCUAGGGAAGGUGCCAUAUUCCUACCUGCUGCGUGGGUUCUCUUCCCUCUCAGUGGUGCUCAGCCAGAGCUGGGGUAGAAGAUCCAGUAUGCCUGCGAAAUCCUCUCAGCUGACAGGCGUAGCCCAGGUGGUGGCCACUCUUCCAACAUGUGGCAGGUAUGACCGUGUGAAUGUGACACGAACUGCCAUGGUGUUUGAAAAGUUCUCUGAACGGACCAUCAAGGCAGUUAUGCUGGCUCAAGAAGAGGCCAAGAAAAUCAAACAGGACCACGUCGGGACUGAGAUGUUGGUGGUGGGUUUGUUGGCAGAGGGCAGUGGAGGGGCUAAAGCUCUGCAACAAAUCGGUGUGCACUACCCCGAGGCCAAGAGGGAAUUAGAGAACAUGGUCGGUCAAGGCAUGGGUGGCAAAAGUGAAGAGAUUCCUUUCACGACUUCGGCCAAACAAGUGCUGGAGGAUUCCGUGAUUUGCGCGCAGGAACGAGAUAUGCCGAUGGUGAGCACAUGCCACUUGCUUCGGGCUUUGCUGCGGCAGGAAAACAGCAAUGGCUGUAAGCUCCUUGGCAAAGUCCUUGCAACAGAUAGCCUUCAGGUGCUCCGGGAGAGGAUCAUGGCAGCCUUGACCCAAGUGGAGUGCAGCGAAACUGGCGACAAGGCUCCUCUGAGUACCGCACGAAGUGCUUCUGUGGAAGAUGAAGUGGACCUGACUCAGACGCUGAAGUUUGGCACGGAUUUGACGCAGGCGGCACGCGAGGGGCGUUUGGACCCCUUAGUGGGCCGCAACGACGAGCUGCAGCGCACCAUCCGCAUCCUGGGCCGACGGACCAAGAACAACCCGGUGCUCAUCGGAGAGGCAGGCGUUGGGAAGACCUCUAUCGCUCUGGGCCUUGCACAGCUGAUCGCGGAGGGCAAAGUCCCCUUGAACUUACAGGACAAGAAAGUGGUUCAGCUGGACUUGGCUUUGCUCUUGGCUGGCACUCGCUACCGAGGGGACUUCGAGGAGCGCUUGCGCGCCGUGGUCAAGGAGGUGUCUGAGAGCCGACGGCGAGUGAUCUUGGUGGUGGAUGAGGUUCAUACCUUGGUCGGUGCCGGGAGCGGAGGUGAUUCUGGUGGUGGAAUGGAUGCCGCCAAUCUGUUGAAGCCAGCACUGGCCCGGGGUGAGUUGCAGUGUAUUGGCGCCACCACCUUGGAUGAGUAUCGCAAGUACAUUGAGAAGGACCCAGCCCUGGAGCGUCGCUUUCAACCUGUCACUGUGCCCGAGCCCAGUGAAGACGAAUCCGUUCAGAUCCUAAAAGGCCUGGCGCCAAAGUAUGAACGGCACCAUCAGUUGCAGUACGCCCCAGAGGCGCUGGAGGCGUGCGUGAAGCUGGCGAACCAAUUCAUCGCUGACCGAUGUUUGCCCGACAAGGCCAUUGAUGUCAUGGAUGAAGCUGGCUCCAAGGUGCGGCAACAGCUUUUUGAAGCAGCAGAAGAGUCGCACAAUGCCGCGGAACGAUGGGCGGCAGGUCGUGAGUUGAAGGAAGUGAUCGAACAGAAAAAAGUGGCUGUGAACUCUGAACGCUACGACGAGGCAGCUCAGUUGAAGCGUCGUGAAGAUGAAUUAGAAGAUCGCUUGGCGAGGCUGCAGAGCAGCCCCGAGAAUCAAGACCCUCAAGGACUUUUGAAGGAACUGCAGAGUCUGGGGCAGCAGAUUCGAGAAGCAGUCACUGCCGAGCGCUUCGCAGAAGCGCAGGAAUUGAAGAUGCGGGAGAGGGAGGUGGCCGCGCUCCUGGAGAAGACGGGCGUCACCAGCGAGGCACGCCGCAAGGUCACCCCGGAGGACGUGGCGCAGGUGGUUUCAGGAUGGACGGGCAUCGCUGUGGAGCAGGUCAGUGCCAGCGAAUCCGCCAGGCUUUUGCACCUGGAGAAGGAGCUCCACGAGUCCAUCAUCGGGCAAGAUGAGGCCGUGGGCAGCGUCUCCCGUGCAUUGCGCCGGGCGCGCGCGGGGCUGCGGAAUCCGCGGCGACCCAUGGCAGGGUUCAUGUUCUGCGGGCCAACCGGUGUGGGCAAGACGGCUUUGUGCAAGACGCUCUCGAAGACCUUCUUUGGAACUGAGGACACGAUGAUCAGAUUAGAUAUGAGCGAGUUCAUGGAGAAGCACACGGUGUCCAAGCUCAUCGGAGCACCACCUGGCUAUGUCGGCUACAACGAUGGUGGCUCUCUCACCGAGGCGGUACGACGCCGGCCAUACUCCUUGGUUCUCUUCGACGAGGUCGAAAAAGCUCAUCCUGACGUCUUCAACGUGCUGCUGCAGCUGUUGGACGAUGGAAGGCUGACUGAUUCCAAGGGCCGCGUGGUGUCCUUCGCCAACACCAUGGUGAUCAUGACCUCCAACAUUGGAAGCAGAUCCGUCACCUGGUGGCGGCCGGCGGAUGAGUCCCCCCCGAUUUUUAUCCAUGUUUGA